UGGAAUGUGCUCUUUUUUUAUAACUCUCAUUUCUCUGCUUUAUAACUCCUCUUAUACACUCUCUUUUGUCAACACAUCUUGGUUUCCUCCAAAUGGAAGGCCCAGACAAAAUGAGAAUUCCUCCUCCAAUCUUCUAGAGAAAAAUACAUGCUCUAGUUGUAAUAAUAACGUUAAUAUUAUGGAGGAUAGUAUGUAUAUACGCAUGGUUCAGCAUCUCAUCGAGAAGUGCCUGCUCUUUAACAUGGAUCGCCAUGAAUGCGUGAAAAUUCUUGCCAAGCAAGCCCACAUUCACCCUCUCAUCACGCUUGCGGUUUGGAAGGGGCUACUACGAGAGAACAGAGAUUUUUUUCGAAGCUAUUUCAUGGGCAGAUCACAGAUUUAUAAUGCUCACAUUCACUAUAGAGAUCCAACAUAUUAAGGUAUUGCAGAAGGAAGUGAGGAGUCCGUAUUCAUACUUUAUAAUAUGUAUGUGUUUGUAUGCUAAUCUUCUCAGUAGAACAUUAAUUGCUUGGGACAAAACUAUAUGUUUUAAUGAGAUCUGAUGGGAAAGGUAAGCUUUUGUUGGCAAUGGAAGCUAUUAGUAUUGGAAAAACGUUGAUCAAGCUUGAUCAAAGAUCAAAUAUUAUGAUGGAGAUUAAGAUGCCAGAGCUAAUUUAUAUUAUCAGUAAGGUAGAGCAUGUUGUGGAUUUUUAGAUAAGGAAACGGCUCCUAGUUACAAGAGAACAAGUAUGUAAGGUAUUUUUAUUU